UUACAUAUAUAAAUAGCAAGUUUUUUUGCAAUUCAAUCACAUUUUAUCAGUGAAAUCUUUAAAGUAAUCAUACAAUUUAAAAUCAGACAACAAAAUGGGUAAAUUUAUGGCUAUGUUUGUUGUUAUGCUGAUUGUGGCAACAAUGGCAACGUUAUCUUUUGCUGCUCCUGAGCCCUAUGCAGAUCCUGCACGUGGUUAUGGAUACAGGUACGGACAUGGGCACUAUUCGCCUGGUCAUGGAUAUGGUCACGGACAUGGUCACGGACAUGGACAUGGACAUGGACAUGGGCAUGGACAAUAUGGACAUGGUCAUGGCUACGGCUAUGGACAUCACCGCGGUUAUCACGGCUGAUUCUCAACGAAAAACAAAAGAAAAACGAUAAUGUUCCACGCAGAAACUCAUAAAAAUCAAUAACAACCUGCAAAAA